GAUUGCGAAAUAGCCGGUCGGUGUUGCAAAUUCUCUGCAUUUUGUGGAGUUUUAUCAAUUUUCAGUGAUAUUCAUUGGUUUAUUUGUGGCAUGACGAAGAAAGAACCGCAUUAGUUUCUUUCAAACAAGAAGACACUGUUUGAGACAGUCAUAAGUCAUUCCAUACAAAGGUGCGUGGUAUUAUCAAAAAUGCCGAAGAGGAGAGGAAAGGCGAUUUCAAGCGCGACUUCGGCAAAGAAGUUGCUGCUUGAUAAUGACAAGGAAAACCAGACGGAGAAUGUGGAGAGGCUACUGACCGUUGACUCGAAAGAUGUUGACAAUGAUGUGUGCAGCGGAAAGAUUCUCUACAUCCACCUGAAGAACUUCAUGUGCCACGGGAAUCUGCGAGUGGACCUGAACAGGCGCUGCAAUCUGAUUGUGGGCAACAAUGGCAGUGGGAAGAGUGCCAUCCUCACGGCCGUGAUCAUUGGCCUGGGAGGGCGAGCGGCCGUCGCCAAUCGAAGUACAAACAUAAAGCAUCUCGUGAAGCGCGAUCAAGCGUCGUGCACUAUUGAGAUUGGAAUUUCAAACGACGGGAUUGACGCAUAUGACAAAGAGACCUUUGGGAAUAGGAUCAUAGUGAUGCGAAAGAUCACGGCAAGUGGCCAGUCCACGUACAAGAUCUCCAAUGAGAGUGGACAGGAGAUUUCGCGUGAUCGACACUAUCUGGAGAGGUUGCUGUGCUACUUUAACAUUCAGAUCGAUAAUCCCGUGUGCAUUCUGCAUCAGGACGCGGCGAGGAGUUUCCUGAAGGACUGCAAUCCGCAGAAAAUGUACACGUUCUACAUGAAGGCCACGCAGCUGCAGCAGAUAAUGGACAGAUUGCAUCAGUGCUUGACUGUGUAUCGCAACAACAAGACGGAGUAUGACAUGAUAUUGGAGAAGAUCAUGGAGGACAUCAAGCAUGUGGAUGAAUUGAAAGAGAAGCACAAGGAACUCUCAUCUGUGGCCACGACGAAGGUACUCAUUGGUCAGCUUCGCAAGGAGCUGAUCUGGAUCAAAUACAAUGACCAGAGAGCGUUGUACCUCAAGGCUGAUGGGGAAUUGAAGGAUGUGAGGGACACUGUGCAGAAAUUGGAGAAUAUCAUGGCCACAAGUUCGUCGCGUGUUGAUGAGAUUCGGCGAAGGAUGCAGAGUAUUCGUGAGGAGCAGCAGCUGAAGAAGCAACUCCUGACCCAAAUAACAGCACAAUAUGAGCAAAUGCAGCAACAGUAUCUGGAAGAGAAGGAUGCGGAGAAUGUGCAGAAAAAGAGUUAUGAGGUGCAGCGACAGAAAACUCAGCGAAUUGAGGGAAAUAUUGCCAAAGUGCAGGAACGUCUGGCAAAUGACAAUUUUGAGGAGAAAGUGGCUCAACUGAAGCGCGAAAAUGAGCAAAAACUGGCGCGAUUGAGAGACGAACAUAUGGAAAUGCAGGCCAUUUCGUCAUCCCUUGAUCGUGAUACUGAUGAUGUACGCCGACUGAUUGAUGAGAACGCAGAGGCAUUUAAUGCUGCCCAACAGCAGAAGAUUCAUUUCGAGAGCCAACUGAAGAAGAUAUCCCAAGAGUGCCUCCAACUGGACAUUGAAUCGCAGGAUGGACUGGGCGUGUACGGUGGUUAUAUGGCACACUUGCUGAAGGUAAUCGAGGCGGCUCACAAGCGUCGAGAGUUCUCCAAAUUGCCCAGAGGCCCUUUCGGGCGCUACAUCGAAGUGCCAUCCGCAAAGUUUCGUACCAUCGCUGAGAACAUAAUUGGUGGCUACAUCACGUCGUUCAUGGUGAAUUCGCACAGCGAUCGCAAGGUGCUGGAGAACAUCAUGAAGAAGAUCAUUCCGGGUGGAAAGACACCCUCCGUCAUUGUCACUGCCUUCGUGAACGAUGUGUACAAUUAUUCUGCCGGAAAGUGCAAUGCGCCACCCGGAACACACACUCUGGUGGACGUGCUGCGCGUGAGUGAUGCCAAUGUGAUGAAUGCUCUCAUAAAUUCUCUCAGCAUCGAGUCUGUGUUGCUCACAGAGGACGAGGAUCUGGCCGUGAGACUCACAGAUGGUUCUAAUAUCCCGAAGAAUCUGAAAAAAGUGAUUCUGGUGAAGCCAUUUCAGGAGUAUCUCGUGAAGCCAUUCCGUAUGUAUUCACUGCAAGAGCGUCCUGGAAGGUAUAUUCAAGUGAAUCUGAAGGAUGUCAAAGAGAAUCUGCUGAAGCGAGAAAAGAGUUUGAUGGAAGAGUUCAAAAUUGUGGAGAAAAAGUACAAAAAGGUCUCUACGGAGAAGCAUAAUCUUGAGGUGUUGAUUCAGGAGAAAAUAACGGAAAAGAGGAAGCUUAUUGAUAAGCUGAAGAGACUGGAGAGCAGUAUCAAAGAGAUUGAGAAUACAGUGUAUCCGACUGAAGAUGAGAAUGAGGCAUUGAAGGAAGAGCACGUGACGCUGACAAAUGCCCUCGAUAAGGCGCUUAAGCUGAUGAAGCGCGAGAAAGAGCAACUGCUGCAGGUGAGGGAGAAAUUGGAGGAGUUGCUGAAGCAGAAGGAGAAGAUAAAGAGCGAUGAGGUGGAGGUAUCUCAUUCGAUUAAGGAUCUGGACGCUGAACAUGACAAGGAGAACGACAAGAUUGCCUCAGUGGAGUAUAAUUGCAGGGAGAGUGAAUCCAAAUUGGCGCAGAAGAAGGAGAUUGCGGUGUAUUUGUCUAAGGAGUUGGAAAAGCUGCAGAAGACAAUGGAUACAGCAUUACAGAGAGCUGAGAAGACUGGUGCGCGCAUUGAGACGACUCGAUCUGAGGAAACUGUGAAUGAUUUGAUCAAGAAGGGACAAGCUAACAUUGUGCACUUGGAGAAGCUGCAUGGGAGUCUCGAGGAGCUCACGGAACAGAUCGAAUGCGCAAUAGGACGUCUGGAGAAGGACCAGAAAGUGGGGGAAAUACUGAAAGAUACGCUCGAGAAGAUGAAGCUAAUGCAGUACAAACGGCAUCAGACUGUGAGCAGGAUGAAGUUGCACGUAUACGGUCUGGUGAGGCAUCACUUCAGCAAGUUGCUGGAAUUGCGCGGUUUCGCGGGAGAUUUGACUGUAGACUAUGAAAGUCAAGAGUUGCGUCUCAAGGUGAUUCCACGUGACAAUCACAUCUCCACCGCCAUGGACAGCACUCAGUCGCUCUCGGGUGGCGAGAGAUCUUUCACCACGGUGUCUCUGCUGCUGUCGCUGUGGAACUGCGUCAAUCAUCCAUUCUUCCUGCUGGAUGAGUACGAUGUGUUCACGGAUCCGAUCAAUAGGCAGUACAUGACGAAUUUGCUGGUGAGACACACGGAGAAGCAUCCCUACACGCAGUAUGCAUUCCUCACGCCACAGGAUAUGUCCUCGUUGGAGGGCACACCGACUCGCACCAUUUUCAGAAUGACUGAUCCCUCGCCUGAUCUUCAAUGAAAAGAGGGAUUCGACAUGACUUCUAUUCUCAGGACUUCAAUAUUCCAUUCUAAAUAGAAGCGCUUUAAGGAGAGGCCUUGAAUAAUUAAUAUUACAUAUUGAAAUUCAUUUAUUACUCAGAUCAUUCAAAUUAAUGAAAUUAAUACAUCUUUGUUCAAAUAA